AUGGUCGUCCAUCUUGAUCUUGCCCUCACCUUCGUGCCCUGCACCGUCUUCGCAAAGCAGUCGCGCGCAAACAUCACCGCGUACUACGUCCCAUCCGCUCUCAACCUGCCCGCCGACCCCGGACCAGGCUCUUGGAAAACUGCCUUCCCUGGCAAGCCGAACUUUUGCCGGCCCCUCGUAGCCCCAAGCGUUGCUGUCGUGCACGCCGUUUUCUGUCACUUCACCAUAGCUCCACGCACAGCCAGAUCGCGCCGCCAGACCUGGUGUUCGGGACCAGAUGGCCUCUACUAG